AUGAAGUUCUCCUCGGCAUCAUUUCUCGUCGUGUCUGCCGCUGCGGUUGUCCUUGGUGUGCCUGUGCCUGCGCCCCCGGGUAUUCCAACUGCUUCGACCGCCAGGACUCUUCUUGCUGGCCUCAAGGUUGCUACGCCGUUGAGCGGUGAUGGCUACUCCCGCACCCUGUUCCCUACGUGGGAGACCAUCGAGGGGACUUGCAACGCUCGCGAGUUUGUACUCAAGCGAGAUGGAACAGACGUCCAGACCAACACGGCAUGUGUCGCCCAGUCUGGCAACUGGGUUUCUCCGUAUGACGGUGUCUCAUUCACCGCCGCCUCGGAUCUCGACAUUGACCACAUGAUUCCACUCAAGAAUGCCUGGAUUUCCGGCGCCUCGCAAUGGACCACGGACAAGCGCAAAGGUCUCGCCAACGACAUCACCCGUCCUCAGCUCUGGGCCGUCUCUGCCCAUGCCAACCGUGCCAAGGGCGACAGCAGCCCCGACGAGUGGAAGCCCUCCCUGAAGACCUUCUGGUGCACCUACUCCAAGAGCUGGAUCCAGGUCAAGAGCCAUUACUCACUGACCAUUACCGAUGCUGAGAAGGGCGCGCUGUCAGGCAUGCUGGACUCUUGCUAA